AUGUACGUUGUUUCCUCCACCAACACACGUAAAAUCCAGCUUGGACAACCAGCUAUUGUUAAAGUUGCAGCCAACUUGAUUAGGUUGCUAGCUUAUCAGAACAAGAACAUAUUGCAAGCUGGUAUGAUUGUUGGAGGAUGGGAUAAGUAUAAGGGAGGCCAAAUUUUCUCGGUCCCUCUUGGUGGAAUGAUCUUGAAGCAACCAUUUGCAGUUGGAGGUUCAGGUUCCAGUUACCUUUAUGCCCUUCUUGAUCAUGAAUGGAAAGAGGGAAUGAGCCAGGAAGAGGCAGAGAAAUUUGUGGUGAAGGUAGUUUCCCUUGCUAUGGCCCGUGAUGGUGCUAGUGGAGGGGUUAUCCAUACAGUUACUAUAAAUGCCGAUUGCGUGAAGAGGAACUUUUAUCCUGGCGACAAGCUACCCCUAUGGCACGAUGAACUGGAGCCCCAUAACUCUUGCUGCUGGGAAUCCUGA